UCAUUAAAUUAUGAUGGAUAAUCGAUCUGUUGCAUCACACGACUGAGAAGUUCCGAACUCCAGUCUGCACACAAAUCGCAGCAAAAAAAAUGGUUUCCCUCGCAGAUAUUUUACCAGCUCCAAAGCAGUGGGGUCAGGAGGAGUUUGAGUCUGACAGACCUCGCCAGCUGAGUGUUGUAUCCUUAGCAAGAAGCACAGCCCCACCGUAUGGGCGGAGAAAAGGAUGGGUCCCCAGAACACCAAUGGAUUUUGGGGAUGGCGGUGCGUAUCCCGAGAUCCCCGUGGCCCAGUUCCCGAUGGAUAUGGGACGUAAACCAGGCAAGGGUAACGCCAUCGCCAAGUCAGUGGAUGCAGAGGGUAGGGUCAAGUAUGAUGCUCUAGCAAGGCUCGGACAUGGAAAGGAUAAGGUUGUCCAUUCCAAGCCUCAGGACCUUGUGCCGACACAGAUCACCAAUGAAAACGACCCGGACGUACAGAAACCAGACGAAGAAGAAAUUGAAGAUACUACAGAGAAGACACGUCAGGCCUUGGAGAAACUUGUACAGUCCAAGAUUUCUGCAGCCAUGCCUGUCAGAUGUGCAGAGGAAAAAGCACCAGCUCAGUAUAUUAGAUACACUCCAUCCCAGCAGGGUGUGGCUUUCAACUCUGGUGCCAAGCAGCGAGUGAUUCGUAUGGUGGAGGUGCAGAAAGAUCCCAUCGAACCGCCCAAAUUCAGGACAAACAAGAAGAUUCCGCGUGGCCCGCCAUCUCCCCCAGCGCCUGUUAUGCAUUCCCCUACAAGAAAGGUCACGGUGAAGGAACAACAAGAAUGGAAAAUCCCACCAUGCAUAUCAAACUGGAAGAACGCUAAGGGUUACACUAUCCCAUUAGACAAGCGGUUGGCGGCAGACGGCCGCGGUCUACAGAAUCCUCAGAUUAACGAGAAUUUUGCCAAGUUGGCUGAAGCCCUGUACAUUGCUGAUAGAAAGGCUCGUGAGGCAGUAGAGAUGCGUGCCACCAUGGAACGGAAGCUGGCUACCAAAGAGAAAGAGAAACAUGAGGAGAAUCUACGUAACCUUGCUCAGAAGGCGAGAGAGGACCGGGCGGGUAUCAGAACACAAGCAGAAGCUGAUGAUGAAGCCAGGGAGAGAGACAAGAUACGCGAUGAGCGUCACCGUGAGAGACAGAGGGAUCGCAACAUCAGCCGAGCAGCACCAGACAGAAGAGCCAAGUUUGACAAGCAGAAGGAGAGAGACAUCAGUGAGAAGAUUGCCCUGGGCCUGCCUAAUGCUGGAGGUCGAGCUGAUGACAUGCAGCAUGAUCAUAGACUCUACAACACAUCCAAGGGUAUCAGCAGUGGUUUUGCAGGGGGUGAGGACGAAUCCUACAACGUGUACAGUGAGCCAUGGCGCAAGGAUCAGAACGUUUCCAGUAGCUUAUACAGACCCAGCAAGAAUGCUGACAAAGAUGUCUAUGGUGAUGACUUGGAUACGCUCAUCAAACAGAAGAGAUUUGUCCCAGACAAGGACUUCAGCGGUACAGAUCGCAGCCGGCGUCGCGACGGCCCCGUCCAGUUUGAACGCGAGGAAGAAGAAGAUCCCUUCGGUCUGGAUAAGUUCUUGAAGGAUGCUAAGAAAGCCGGGAAACGACCGGCCGAGGGCGGCAAGUCACGUGAUCAUGACGACCACGACAGGAGCGGCAAGAGAAGAAAAGAUUUCUGAGUUGACUUUUCGAUGAUUGUUUCAAAUACAGGAUUGACAAGCAGUGUUUUAGUUUUCUCAAACUACUUGUAUACUUAAGUGUAUACAUAUAAAUUUCUUCCUUUGUCAACAAAUGUAUUUUUGGUCUAUGUGUUUAUAAUUAAGUAGUGAAGAUUUAGUGAUCGAAUGUGUAAAAUGGAGUCAGAUUUUGCAAAAUUUGUUUGGGAAUCAUUUGUUGCUCCAUUAAAGAGAUCUUGAAAGUGGUUUUCAUUUUGAGAACAUCUAUACAAAUACUGUGGGACUUGAAAUUCUUUGUUAACAUAAAUAUGAUGAAAAGUUUGCUUUUCAAAAAUUCUCCUGAACGUAGUUGCAGCCUUUGACAAAAAUUGACUGGCAUGCGUAAACGAAGCAUAUUUUUGAGUCGAGUGUACCUAAAAAGUUUCAAAAUUAGUACAUGUACAUGUACAUCCAUCACUACUUCUGACUUCAAAUAGCAAUGCCACAGCAACAAAUUGUCACCUACUUGUGGAUCCUCAUAAAACUACCUCUGCUUCUGGACUUUUGAACUAAAAAGCAUCUUCUGUUUUUAAAAUAUGUCCUAGUAAGCAUGUUGUAAUUUGGCGCUUAGGCAUUUUUAAUGAGGAUAAAUUCAAUAGUUUGCUUUUAGAAAAGGA